CCCGCCCCCAACCCUUAGACCCGUGUCAGUUUCUACAGAGACUGCGCGAGUUUCACGAAUACACUGUAUCCAUUUCCGCUGUCAUCAUCAUUAGCAUAGAGCGAGAGAAAAACAGACAGAUACUAGACAGCUGACUGGCGAGUCUAGCUUUCCGACCGCUGAACAGUAACGCAGUCCGCUGCCCGGGUAGUACCUGCUCCUGUCCGAUUCGGGCUUCAUGUUCCUGUGUCAGACACUGCAGAAGAAGGGUCCUGAAGCGAAGCUGGUGAGUUCUCGGUUUAGCCCGAUAGGAUCUCUGCUUUGCAGUUGGAAUAAAAGAUGUGCAAUGGAAUGGUAGCACCAAAGACAAGAUUCCUCGUCCACUUCCUUACUGUUUAUGACCGACUCUUUGUGUCCCUAGUAGUGUUACUGGCUGUCGUAUCCCAAGGACUGGCAUCAGGGUGUCAGCCGCCGUUUGAGCCGGAGAACGGGGGGUACAAAUGCCACCCCUCACCUUGCCUCCAGCUGACGGAGGGCACUGUGAUCGAGUAUUUCUGCGACGAGGGCUACACGCUGAAGGAGGAUUACAAAUACCUAACCUGCGAGAACGGAGAGUGGAACACUGCCACGGAGAUCAGCUGCAGGCUCGGCCAGGAUAAAGACCAGCGCUCGUCCCUGGAGGUGCCCACACUCUCCAUUGUCGCCACGACCGCAAGCUCUGUGGCCCUCAUCCUCCUGCUCGUGGUCCUGUUUGUUCUGCUGCAACCGAAACUCAAAUCUUUCCAUGACAGCAGGCGUGACCCCGGAGUGUCUGGCGAUCCUGUUUCCAUCGUAGUGGGGGGUGUGCAGGUGGCUCUGCCUUCGUAUGAGGAGGCCGUGUACGGCAGCGGGGGGGCCAGCGUCCCCCCAGCCGAGUCCCGGGUGCAGAUUGUGCUGUCGGAGGACUCCCCCAUUGAGGCAGACACCCUGGGACAAGCUGAGGGGAGCCAGGCCAGCGGCUUUCAGCGCUCGGAGACAGUGCUGGUGCACCCGGCCCCCACCUCCUCCUCCUCCUCCUCCUGGGCCAGCGCAGCAGCCGCCCGUCCUCAGCGGCAAGACUCGGAGAGCAGUGACGAGCACAGCCUACUGUCCCUCAACAGCACAGAGGAUUUCGCUGAUGAUAUUCCUUUGUUAAAGGAAGCAUGAAGCCAGCUGACUUUGGCUGCCUUUAUUUAGGCUUUCCCCCUCGCCGCUAUCUCUGUAGUCCUUCCUGGACUGUGCGCUCUGAAGCCUUUACCCCCUCCUCCAAUCCCAACCAGCCACAGCCUGCCAUCCAAAGGACUGCACAGAGACUGAUUCACCAGUAUGAUUUACUCAUGUCCAUGCAGAGCACUUCCUGCAUGGCCAGGCUUCGGUAGGCCUGCUUACCCCAUUGAUAGAUGCAGGUUUCCAGCAAACAGGCAGUGAGCGGUUUAACACAGACCAUAUGAAGGGCAGGCUUUAAGUAGAGGGAUUCUUUGUAUCUGGGUUUGUUUAACACGCAUGCAGCUCUGUGUGCACAGCAGUGACUGUAGCUUAUGUACAUUUACUCACUGACGCACGUGUACUCACACUUCACAAACGCAUACACACCAAAUAAACAUUCACAAUUAUUCAUGCUAAAUAAAGUUCAUAAUUAUUCACAAUAUGCUCACAGACUUGCAUUCAAACACAGAACUACUUGCCCACACCCAACCUUACACAAAGCAUUAAACACAAGUGCACAUAUAAUUCUUAGAUAUUUGCAGAAUUAGCACAACGCAAGCAUGCACACCACACACAUUCACAACUCAUCAUACAGCCAAGCUUACAAACACAGAGUUGCAAAGUGAGUUAGUAUCUCUGGGUCCAUUGCAACGAACUAAAACAAGCGUACACUGGGCAAGAUCCCGUGGCUAGUACAGAGCAUGGUACUAAACUAGUACGCAACUUAAUACCAAUUUUAACAAACUUAGCAGCUCCAGAUAGUCCCCAGCUGUGUAUUAAAGAUGUUCUCAAGUGCAACAAACCCAAAGUAACUACUGCUGCCCUCUAGAGGAUACUAAAACACGUUACUAAGUUAGUCCAGCAAUUUCUGUAGACUAAAGACUUGUGGUAUCGUACUAACUGGAACAAAUAUGAAAAAUCCCCAGAUGUAUUAAACUAUUCAUUACCAAAGAGUAUAUAAAAUAAUAAUAAAAAAACCAUGUGUCAAAACGUUUGCAACAAAAUCAUUUCAUUCUUCUUCACCUUAACGUAGGCCUAUUUUAUAAGUAAUAAUAAUACAUAAUUCCAGUAUGACUUUCUAGUGUCUCUGCUUUCAGCCUCUUCCACAGAUUUUUUUUUUUUUAAUUUGCUGCUGUACCUGACCGCCUCUCGGGGAAGGCAGUAUUCAGCCAUCCUCCACAGUUUGAACACAAUCUCUUAUACACUCUAUGAAAUAAAGUUUUUGCCCCGUUGUAUAACGUUUCACACGACUACUGGCCAUGAUUACCCUUGUGUGGAUGUACUGAGAAAUGAAUCUUUUAUAUAGGCUACACCUGAAAUAUGGCAUUUGCAUUUCUGAUUCAAUUUACACCUUAUAUAGUCUACAAUACAUCUUUGGUCCCAUAAACAAAUGCAUUUGUUUUCUGUGUGAAUUAAAUGAGGACUACUACAAGUUUUGUUUAAUGCAGCUUCAUUAAUUUUGGUGGUGUUUUAGGAAAAUUAGAUUAUACCUGUGAGUUUGGUUCAAGAAAAUGGGAAAAUGUUCUUAUGCAAUUUAGCCUUAGUAUUUCCUUUCAUUUGUGAAUACUUUUCCAUACAUCAUUUUCUGAAGUUCAAAAAAUGUAAAUUAAAAACAAUAAUAAUUAAGAUGUUAAGUUUCUUAAAAAUUAAAACAAUUUCAAUCUUGUUGCGGAAAAUGACACUCUUAAAAUAUAAUUAGCUGGAAGUAAUGUCUUAGAUUUUGAGCCCCCCCCCCCCCCUUCCUUCAGUUCCUGUUUGCUAGCCCACCAAGAGCUGACUCCUGAGCUCAGUGCUAAAGCUGGGGAUCAGCUGAUCUUUUUUCGUUGCAAUUGGUACUAAGUUAGUCCGCAGCUGGGGAUGAUCCUGAGAUAGUACUGUAUUAGCUAGUCCGCAGCUGGGGAUGAUCCUGAGAUAGUACUGUAUUAGCUAGUCCGCAGCUGGGGAUGAUCCUGAGAUAGUACUGUAUUAGCUAGUCCGCAGCUGGGGAUAAUCCUGAGAUAGUACUGUAUUAGCUAGUCCGCAGCUGGGGAUGAUCCUGAGAUAGUACUGUAUUAGCUAGUCUGCAGCUCCGUACUAAAUCUACAAGUUCACUGCAAUUGACCCACUAUGGCCCGGUUUACAUUAUUAUUAUUAGAAGUAGUAGUAUUUUUUUUUUUUAAUAAUAAUUUGUAUCAGGCGGAUGUCCAACACUCCUUGUUUUCUGAUAAGUCUUUUCAUUUUAUCUUCUUUAACUGUCCAUGUAUUUCACAGUGCUGGAGAGGUCAUGUAUUUCACAGUGCUGGAGAGGUCAUGUAUUUCACAGUGCUGGAGAGGUCAUGUAUUUCACAGUGCUGGAGAGGUCAUGUAUUUCACAGUGCUGGAGAGGUCAUGUAUUUCACAGUGCUGGAGAGGUCAUGUAUUUCACAGUGCUGGAGAGGUCAUGUAUUUCACAGUGCUGGAGAGUUCAUGUAUUUCCCAGUGCUGGAGAGGUCAUGUAUUUCACAGUGCUGGAGAGGUCAUGUAUUUCACAGUGCUGGAGAGGUCAUGUAUUUCACAGUGCUGGAGAGGUCAUGUAUUUCACAGUGCUGGAGAGGUCAUGUAUUUCACAGUGCUGGAGAGUUCAUGUAUUUCACAGUGCUGGAGAGGUCAUGUAUUUCCCAGUGCUCGAGAGUUCUCCCAGGCUGUAUGGGUAUGCAGGCUUUGUUUGACAAAGAGAGGCAGACUUCCAAACCUGCCAUUUGCUAUCUAGAGGGCUGCGCUAUAAACACAUCUUUCAGCCUUUAUGUUCAAUUAAAGCUCAGUUCUAGGUUUAAGAAAGGGAAUUGUUUGCUUGUGGGAAUCUGUUUUUGUAUCUCUUGUAUAUCUUCUGUAAUCUGUUCUGAAAUCCAUCUCUCUCCCUCCCUCUCUGGCCCCCCUGUUUCUGUGUGAAGGUGGUGUGCAGAGACCCUGGAGCCUGUGCCUUAAGGGAGAGGGAGGGGUAUGGGAGUAAGAUGAGAUUUGAAAUGACCUGCACUAGCGAGUUUGAGCUCUGUAGUGACUGAGCAGUGUGCUCUGCUCUGAGCUGCUUCCACAGAGCCUAGUUACCACUAGUCUUGGACUACCCUACUACUUGGUGCUACAUGGGUCCUGUGAAACUAAACGAUCUUUGUAAAAUGCAUUAGUGUAGUUUUUGUAGACCCAUUUUUUUUUUUUUUUUUUUUUUUUUUUUUAUUUAAACAUUGGUCUACAAAAACGACACUGUUAAGUUUUCUUCCCAUUUUAGGAUUGUUAUGGAAUAACUAUGGUCUUCAUUACUCAAGUGGUUUCUACUGCAGAUUGCCUUUGAACCCACCCCACACAACAUGGAAACUAAAAAAGAAGCACUGGAACAUCGUACUCCUUUCACAAGCACAGAGUUAUCUACAAAAAACUAAUGUGUUGUGUUGCAUUUCCUCCCGCCACGCUACACAGCUCACCAGAAUGCAUCUAGUCUAGAUAAAUUAUCCUUCUUCUUCUUCUUCUUAAAUAUUAUGAUUGUUGUUGUUUGUUAUUAUAAAUAUUAUUUCUGCACAUGCUAGUCUUGCUUCUCAGUGCUUGAGAUGGGCUGGGAAGAUUGAUGAUGUUUUGUGUGUUUGUUUUGUUUUCAUGUACAUUUGAAAUUGUGUGCUUUGGCCAAACAGAUAUCCUCUUUAGGUCCUCAUGCUGGCUCAAGUUGACUGUAGUGUCACAGUGGGUCAGCUGAUUUUCUAUCGUUAUGACUGCCAGGGAAUUGUUCAAGGCAAACCGAUUCAAUAUUGCCUUAAAUUCUGAAUGUACAUUAUGCAGAAAUAAGGACUCAUUUGCUGUGUUUACUGAUGGAAUUGUUCAUUUUUGUUUGUUUUGUCUAUGCAGGAAUGUUGUCGGUAUACUGGCAAAAAGAGAAUUUAUACAGUCUCUGAAAACAUUGAUGUACAAUGCUACAGAUGUACAAUAUUAUUCUAAACUGUGGACACACAUGCAAUUCCCUAAUGCAAAAGCCAAUAAUCUUAAUGAGAAACCAACCCACUUUUUUUUAUUUCAGCCCGAGAACCUAAAGAUAAAGAUUGUUAUUAUUAUUAUAUUUUUUGUUAUGUUGGAAAUGUAACCUUUACAAAGAGAAUCUUGUUAUAUUGACGAUUGUGUGUCCAGAAAGUUGUUGUGCACUGUUGUACGGUGUCUGCAGCGAUGUGUCAAGAGAGAUGAGUUCAAUGCUCCUAUUUCAUAAUAAUCUAUUUGCCAUUAAAAGACAUGACUGCAAAUGGUACUAGCAAUUUAUAAACAACAAAUGAACUGGGGUUAACUACACAAAAAGGACAUGUCAAAUUCCAAUAUUGUAAUGAAUUCCAUACAGAAUGUUAAUCUUUUUCCUUGAUUGUUUUGGUUUUCUCUUGGAUCUGUACAUUGCAAUGGGUGUGAAGAUAGUAUUUUAAUAUUUGUAUAGUUUAAUUUAAUUCUACUAUGUAUAUAACUAUUUCUAAUUAAAGGUUUCUUUUGACGUGUU